CCAAUUGCAACCAACUAGGGUCUUAGGGCAGAUAUUGGAUAUAUUAUAGAUUCUAUAUAUCCUGUGAUGUAGUACAAACUGAGUCAACAAAUUAUUCUAGGUAGUGAGGAGUUAACAAUCUAUGUGAUGUACAAGCUUAUUGCAUGUGUAGUGAUUCUGUCUGCACUGAUACAAGAGUCAGUACAAGAUGGCAACUGUCCAGUCUGUGGAGCACCCACUGCUGAGGCUUCAAUUACAAACACCUUUGCCGGCAGCUUCAGUAACACCAGACGGAGAAGACAAGCCGCUAUAAAUCCAGAGCCUGAUUCCAAUGCUCCUACAACACGAGGUAAUGAGUUUGCCCUUGCAUUUAUGAGACAUGCUGUUGAACAAGCUGAAAUAACGCUGUAUAUUACGACUGAACAAAAUGUGUCUAAUUUCACUAUUGAAACGAAGUUUUCAGGUCUAAUAGGAUUCAACGAGACAUCAUCUGACAGUGGAUUGUACUCUCAUACUGGCACAGCUCAGAGGGGAGAGUUUACUUUCAUUCAAUUGCAAGCUAUUGAUGGACUGCCAGGCCUAUCAGUACAGAGUGACGGUAAUAAUACUGCAAGUGAUAGACAAAAGGGACUGAUCUUAACUGCAGAUAAUCCAAAGCAUGAGCUCACAGUAUAUGCUCUAUACAGCAGUGAUGGUAUUAGCAGUGAUUUUGGUUCCUCCACUGAUACCUUCAUGGCUAUUAACUGUGUUAAUUUUCCAACGGCGAGAAAUUAUCAGUAUUUCAUAUUCACAGUAUAUAUUAAUGGUGGUGGUGGUAGUAGCCAGUUUCUCAUGACACCCUGUCAAGAUAAUACAACUAUUCGUGUUAGACCAUCACAACCAUACACUCAUCCCUCCUGGGUAAAUUCAAGCGUGCAGCGUACAACUCCGGGUACCUUGUCUGAGGAAGAAGCAAUCUAUGGACGACGUUUCAAUCGCUUUGAUACUCUCUUGUUUAGCAAUGAUGGUGAUUUAACCGGGACCAUAAUUACAUCUGACAAGCCAUUGUCUGUUUUCAGUGGCUACAGCGACUUUUCGUUUUUUCUCGUGGAGCAAAUUCCACCACACCCAACAUACGGCAAUUUAUUCUUUCUCUCAUCAAUUUUUAACAGAGUGAUAUUUCAAAUAGGCUCUGUCAGUGAUGAAGCCUCCAUACAAGUCAACUGUCCAUGUAGGCCAAACUCUGUGAGUAAUAGUAGAUUGCGCAUAUCCCUCACAGGUUCUGGGAGAUUUUUUACUGCUGUUAUGAAUCAAGGCCAAUACGUUGAAUGUUCGUUAUUUAGCAAUCCAACAACAGCUUGCAGUAUCCAGUCGAUACGUCCAGUUACGGUUAUGAGUUACCAAUUGAUUAACUCUUUCUCGAUGGUGUAUAUACCACCUGUUGAUUCUUAUCUGACUCAGUAUAGUCUCACAAGUCUGGGUGAUUCUUCUGUAUCCCUGAGCUACUCUCUCCAGGAUCUAAACUUUCCGGGAUUACUAGUCAAUGGAAGUAUAUUCCCACCGUCCGAUGGUUUCACUACCAUCGACUGUAGGUCGGACUGUUCUAAGUCAAUAGUGUGUGGGCGGGGAGCUACUGGUCGCUUAGGCCGCCAAGGAACCUUUGAUAUACAAUUUUCUGGUGAUGUACCAUUCUGGGGGUUUGCAGGUUCUGCUGGAGAAUUUACUUACUCUCUACCAUUUGAGAUGAGACCAAUAGGAUUGGCCUGGAUUGAAGCUCAAGACAUUGUUGUUGUGGAAACAGUGGGUCUAGUAGAUGUGGAGUUCAUGAUAACAAGAGGUGAUCGUUCGAUAAUAACAAGAGCUUUUGUUGUCACUAGAAGUUUGUCUGCAACAGAAGGAGAGGACUACACUUCAACUGGUUUGCUCCGAGGUACAGGCAAUAGUGCUAACUUAGAAUGGAGACCUGGUAAUUCACUUCCCAAUGAUCGAUUUAUCGUACCUAUAAUUGAUGAUGACAUUCCGGAACCAGUUGAAGUAUUAGAGAUUGUAGUUGAAUGUGAAGAUAAGGGAAACUGCUAUUUACCACAACAAACUUACACCAUCACCAUUAUAGACGAUCAAGCUAUUUGCUCUGACCUGCCUGAAAUUGGAUUUGGUACCUUGGAAAAUAGAGUCUUGGAAAAUAGUAUCUUGGAAUAUGAUAUGGAGGAAGAUAUGAUUAGUGGCACUAGACCAAAUGGAACUGUUGCAACGUACACUUGUGAUGAUGGAUUCAGGCUGGAUGGAAAUGCCACUCGGAUAUGUGACACUGGAAAUUGGGCAGGCACGGUACCUGUGUGCAUAGAAAUCUUUUGCUCUGACCUUCUUCAAAUUGACAAUGGUACACUAAGUUUCAAUGGCUUUCCCUUGAAUGGCACUAAACCGAAUGGUACUGUUGCAACGUACACUUGUGAUGAUGGAUUCAACCUUGAUGGAGAUGCCACUAGGAUAUGCUUCGAUGAAUAUUGGACGGGUACUGAACCUGUAUGCACAACAAACCUAACAAUGUCGACUAUCCAGCCAACCAAUCAGGGAGGAGGUGUGUCUGACCCAGUGAUUAUCAGCAUCAUCGUUGUCGUGGUUGUGGCUGCUCUUGCUAUACUGGCAAUAAUUUGCUGUCUCUGUUUUUUAAGGUUGAGACGAAACAAACAAGAGAUACUAAGAGUGUCUACUAUAAGAAUGAGGAAGCUGUCUGAUCGAAGUACUCUUAAGGAUUAUCAAAUGCGAGAGAUCGUGAAGUAUGUUCCAGAAUCGAUGAGAAUUCCCAGCUCCAAUCUGAAACUUCAAGAUGCAGUCGGUCAAGGAGCCUUUGGGAUUGUGUACAAAGGUCUACUAAUGGACUGGAACAACGUUGCCAUGAGGGGUGUGGCUUUGAAGACUCUGAAAGGUCUGUUCACUCUGAGUGAUGUACAGAGCAUGGUGAGUGAGAUCACUAAGAUGCAAGAGUUCCACCACCCUCACGUCAUGUCCCUGAUUGGGGUGUGUCUCGAUGCUGGAUCCGGUGUUUCCAUAGUGAUGCCGUACAUGACCAACGGGAGUCUAUUAGACUACUUGAAGAAAGAGAGGUCUACCCUAGAGUUGGCAAAGGGAGAGGACUCUGAGAAGGUGUUAGCUGUGAGGAAGCUACUGUUGAAGAUAUGUCAUCAGAUAGCUCUUGGAAUGGCGUAUCUUGCUCAGCACAAGUUCGUCCAUCGAGACCUGGCUGCCAGGAACUGCAUGUUGGAUUCAAAUGGUGACGUCAAAGUUGGUGAUUUUGGUCUGGCCGAGGACACGUAUGCGCAAGGAUACUUCAGACAGGGUGAAGCUGAGGGAGUCAAACUGCCGUACAAAUGGUUGGCAAUGGAGAGUCUAAAUGAUGCUAUCUUCAACGAGAAGACAGAUGUGUGGUCGUAUGGUGUGACUGUGUGGGAGGUCUUCAGUAGUGGCCGGACCCCCUACCCUGGAGUGAAUCCAAUGUCCCUAGUGGCUCUACUCAGAGAGGGCAAGAGAUUGGAACCUCCCCAGAAUAGCACCUGCUCUACAGAGAUGGUCUCGCUGAUGACCACAUGUUGGUACGAGGACUGUGAAGAGAGGCCAUCCUUCAAUGAGCUAGCAGCCGAGUUGGAGAAAGUUCUGAGCACCAUGGUGGGCUAUGUGGAACUGAACAUGGAGCUAGUUGCCAUCACUGAAGAUGAACACAAGUAUGAUCACGUCCUCUCACUCGAAGAGCAGAGGAAACUUGCCGAGGCCACUACUGAGGAAGUUUCUAUAGAAACAAACGCUGCAUACGAGUUAGAAUCCGAAGACGUCCUCUCUCUCAAAGUGCAGAGGAAACUCGCUGAGGCCUAUGAACUGCGUAAUGGGAAUCGAGAACUAAGGCCGGUCGACACCACCAGAUAUGCUAAUGCACUGUGCAGGCAAUCUUCACACGACACUUCCGUUUAGCUAGAGCAAGAAAAAUUGCUAUUAAGACCAUAUUAUUAUAAUUAUAUAUAUGCUCGUUCACUGAUAACAGUUUAGCCUUAUAGGCCUAUAUUAUUUUCAUCAAUGGAUAUGUCUACCACACAGAGUGGUGGGAUUAUGUUGUGUAUAUCUACUGUAUAAUUAUGUUGUACUGUAUCCUUUGCUGGCUUGUAGUUUCA